CGGGCGGACGUGUGCGCAGAGAGAGAGAGAGAGCCAGGUGGGCGACGCUACGGUACGGUGCGCGGGCAGUGCGGUUGCGAGGCGCGACGCGAGUGUGACACGCGUGUUGCCGCAGCGGCUGUGCAUGAGGCGACCUCCCCUGGAUAUCGCCCUGCCCCUCACGCUCCUGGUUCCGCCGGCUCUCGACCGGAGGCGAGCCGGCCCGCGGCCGAGGCGACGAGUCGACGACGACACCAUCCCCCGUGGUGGCUGGCCCGAGGGCGACGCCGACGCCGCCCCAUGUGACGCGCGUGGCCGGGGUGGCAGCAACGACGACGCCCGGGGACCGCCGUCUCGAAUGACAACCGGCAGCGGCUCGCACAUGGCUGCGCACCUCGCCAAGUGGUGGAAGACAAAGUUCCUCAAUGGAUACAAGCAGUUCACAGUGGUGCCCACCGAGUGCAGCGACGGCCGGGCGUCGGACACGGAGGAGCUGCUGGCGCGCCCGCUCGAGGCCGGCUGCGACCAGCCCCCGCAGCAGCAGCAGCCGCCGCCGCAGCCGCCCCCGCAGCAGCAGCUGCCGCCCUCGCCGUCGCAUCCGCUCGCCUUUGAGGAGUUCGAGUGUGACGUUUCCGUUGAGGGUGGCGUCGAUGCAGGGGGACAAGAACGACAAGAAUUUUCCUUCACGCUGUACGACUUUGAUGGUCACGGGAAGAUCACCAAAGAUGACAUAGCGGGCCUCGUGACAACGAUAUACGAGACACUGGGCUCCUCCAUCAAAGUUCCUCACUACGGCAGCAAGACGAUCAAGGUGAAGCUGACGGUGUCCCCGGACCAGCGCAAGAGCGCGGAGCAGCAGCAGCAACACAACCAGCCGCAGCCGCAGGCGAGCGGUCGCAAGCUGAAGCGCGACCUCAACGUGACUAUCCGCGAGUCGCGGCAGGCGGGGCCCGCGACGCGCCGUAAGCGCGCCGAGACGGCGGCGCCCGCGCCCGCGGCGCCGCCCCACAGCUGCAGCAGCGGCUCCGCCACCGCCCCCGGCAGCGAGAACAACGACGACGGCGCCGCCGACAUCUCGGAAGACGAUGACGAGGACGAGGGCACUCGCCAGCACCCGUCCCCGCGGGUCGCGGUUGACAGUGCAAGGCUUCGGAACCGCAGGUAUCAGCAGCAUGUAGCUUCCCGAUACCGCCAGCAACACAGCACAUAUUGUGCAGAUAGCAGCGUUCUGCGGCAGCGCACCAAGAAACGCUCUGGCUCACUGCAAAGAGAGGAGCUCCUUCAAAUCAUCCAGGCCAACAUGGACAAGAAUAACCUCGGUUUCCAAACCUCCAGGAAACAGUGCGACCGAGGUGGCCUGGUUGAUAUUAGACAUGCGCAUCACAGGCAUAGGCACAAGACUUCUCAUCGUGAAGAGGUGCAGCUGCACUACCUUGCCCACAGCCCUGCUCCUAACUGCUAUCUAGACUUGGCAGGAUUGGAACACAAGUUGCAGCACUGUCACCACGAAUGUCGGCACGGUGUGGAGAAAUCAGUUCAGCAGCUGCAGCACAGCAGGCAGGGCUGUCACACACGUGGACACCACCGCUCUCGCUCUCACGACUUGGGUCGGUCAGUUCCAGUUGCACCAGUUGGGACAUCACCAAACCGGUAUCCAACAGCGGCACACUUGCCACCACCGAGGGUCUGUGCGGCUGCUGAUGAUAUCACAUCGUCACCCUUCCAUUUCGGGCGGGCACGUUCGAAGUCCCACGAGGACCCGGGGCCAGACCGCAGGAAAUUGCCACCAUUUGUUAUGGGACACACAUCAUCACCUCACCACCUCAAGCAUCGAAACAGGGAACAGGAUCAGGCCCGUGCCAUGGCCCAGGUGGUUCGUUGGCUGGAGCAGGAAUUUUCAUCAGGCCUUGGCACUGCUGAUAGGUUUGCAUCUGGUAACUCUACACAACCACCACCUCCUCCUGAAGGUCCACCAUCUGGCCAGCCAGAAGCAGGAAACAAUUCUACAGCAGCAGGUGUCUCUUCUGUUGAGAGGCACGAGCACCAUCACGUUCAUGAGCACAUACAUCACCAUUACCACCACUACAGGGAGACACCUGUCCUUGUCUGAUUCUGGCAUAUGGCUACUACAGUAUUUGAUCUGGUCUCCCCGUUUCUGUGUCAGUAUUUAUUGUGUUAUCACCCAAAAGCAACAUAUGUAAAGAAUAUAGUAAUUGUAGUGCAAAAGACAAAGCUGUAAUAAAGUGAACUAAUAUUUUCAGUUUAUUCGUGGGUUUUAUUGCCAGCUUUGACUGUGACAGAAUCAGGUCAACAUUUAUUUAUUUAUUACAAGAAUGAUCUAUCUGUUACCUGCAAAAUAUAGAAUGAUUGUACAGUUCUUAGGCCUACAGCAAAACAGUGUAAUCAAAAACUGACAUUAUGUUUGUUUAGAGUUACAUUCUUGAUUGUGCAGCAGAUGACAAGAGACUGAAAUUCUGUGGCACUGAACUGGACCUUCAUUCAGUCAUGUCUUUGUAUGUCUUAUGGUUGUAACCAAUUAAUUUAUUUAUUUUAAUAUUCUGCGAGGUGCUAUCUUAUUGAUUGUGGAUAAGGAAAUAGUUUAUUUUUUCAAUCAGUGCUACUGCAAUGUAAACUAAAAUAAUGAAUGUAAACUAUUACAUUUUGCAAACUGAUUGUAAUCUAGAAUCUUUUGUGACACUGAAGUAGCUGUGCGGCUGUAUCAAUAAGGAGUCUGACCAACAGGCUGUGGCAUUGUUGGGUACACAGUCCUUUUCCAUUUGUGUUUCACAUCAAACAUAUUCUGAAGUAUUGCAGAUAUAAGAAACAUAAUUUUCUAUCCUAUUCUUGAUAGUAUUUUCCUCAACACUGAACGUGGCAGUAGAAAUAUAAUUUCUUGAUUUAACAUGCCCAGAAAGUCUAUUGUUGUAUCUGUUUUACUAAAAUAAUAAUUACAAUUUCUGAAAAACGUAGUACUUUAGUUUUCAUUAAUGUGAGUUAGAACAAAGCAAUUUUUUAAUAUGUGAAGGCAAAAAGAUAACUUAUGAAACAACAAUAAAUUAAAGCAAGUAUUCAUUUAUUGAUGACUGAAAUAUUAGUACAAUUUAAAAGACAGUAAGGCACAAUACCUUGACUCUCAGUAGCAUCUUAGGUUUGUAUAAACUGUCAUGGUCUUCGAUAACAAUUUUCAGACAUAGACUGUAUCAAUAUAUUGAAUGAAGGAAGAUUUAAAGCAAUGAAGUUUCCAAGUAGAGCACAAUGACACCAAUUUGUCACAGAUAUUACAUAAAUUCACACAGAUUUUCUUGUCAAAUGCGAACAUGACUGGAUAUUGGUCUACAAUGACAUCUGCUUCUCUAAGAGAAGUUUAGGAAGCUGUAGUUUAGGAAGCUGCGUAACAUGAUAUUGAUCCAAAUGGUAUUAUACUAGUCUUUAAAUGGGCAAAGUACUUAUAUAAUGAUAUGAUCUACUACACAUAUAUUUAAUGAGCUACCAAAUGAAAUGUUAUAAUUUAUUCCCCUUCUUUAUAGUCAGAAUCUUACGAAUAUUGUACAUAACUAUAUUCUGUAAAUAGUGAAUGAAUGACUUGUGUAUUAUGUUUCAAAUACAGUGCAUUUUUUUAUGUUUGUAUGACUUAUCUACCUCCACAUACUAAAAUAAUGACCUGUACAAUUGUAUUCGAAUGGAAAAUCUUUCAUAUAUUCAUUCAAACUGUGUGCAGUUUGGACAUUUUAAUGAGCCUCAGAUUCUGUGAAUUUCUGUGGGUAUGUUUGUUUCAAAUCAUACAAUAUGUAAUAUUGUAUUCAAACUAUAAACAUUUUAUUGCUGUUCUUUGCUUUUCUAAUUUUUAUGUCUGUUUUAAUAUAUUGUAUAGUGUAGAUAUGACAACUGAACUCGUGUCAAAAUAUUUAUUUUCUGAGUUGUAUAAUAACUGCCAGUUUUGAGUGUAGAGAGGAGAAAUGUUGAUAUUAUGUGACUAUAUUUUUAUGAUUACUGAAACUGCUCAUUAGCAUUAAUUUUUGUGUUCAUUUUCUGUCAAGUUCUCCUAAACAGUAUUUCUAAGGGUAUCGUCACCACGUUUUUAAUUUCUUCCUCCCAUUUCAGAGUUCUGUAAUAUUCUCUAAUCACACAACUUACAGACAUAACUGUUUCUUGCUCUGUUUGUUUCAACACCACUGUAAUACUGUUGUAAAUCAUACAUAUUGACAUUUAAUUACUGAAGUUACCAAGUGAGAUUUAAUUUCUGGUGUUCCUUAGCAGACAAACAAGGAAACCCAAAUACCAUAUUUUCUAUUACAAUUACAUGUAUCUGUGUUUGCCUCAUUAAUGUCUUAUUGUUAUGUAUGUGAAAGAGAACACAUGAAGAGAAAGAGUUCACAGGUCUGUGAUGUUAUUUAUUUGAUUUUAAAGUGAGGGACUGUAUUUAUUAAUUUGUGCAUAAAACAUGCUUUAAAGUCGUUGUGAAGGUCAAAUAAAAAUGUUGCAAAACAGUAGUUUGUUUAAAAUAACACCUUUGUGCUAAUAUCUUUCAUUUGAUACACUCAAAAUGUCCUAAUUUAACAGUGAGAUACACUUAGAAAUAUACUCAUACAUACUGUAAAACACACUUAUGUUGUGAAUGAAUAAUGUGUCAGUACCUACAACAGCAAUGUGUAUGCCUGACAAUAUUUCACUGCAAUAAAUUACUACACUCGCCUAUUGUAUAUGUGUUUCAAUUAACUGUCAAUACCUGAAGAAGCUGUGUUAGACAACAUGAAAA